CGUCGCGGUCUUUUGUUUACAUUUCGUAUGGUUUGUAACACUUUACUUUUCCCAUUCACUAGCUACGUGAAUUAGAAUUGAUCGGCAACUGGAAAUUGGAGGCCGUCCCAUCGAUUUUUGUUGAAGAUUCAAAAUUAAGCGGAAACAAAGUUUUGGUGACGCAGACUCCCCUUUCGAGGAACGUGGAUUUCAUAAAAGGACAAGACCUCUGGAAUCGGCGAAGCCAGUUGAAUCCCACAUUCAUCCAUAUUCUGCAACCAAUGCUUUGUUAUACUCUUUGCAUGUGGAACGUGAAAAGAGGAUUCAGCGUGUAGAGCAAGAAGAAUCCCAAUUUACAGACGAAUAUUACUGCCAGCAGAAUCACGUCCUUAGCGAAACAGCCUCAAGUCGGCAAAAGCAGGUUGAAUAACUUUUCUUUUUCUGCUAUAAUCUUUUACUUUCGCUAGCCUGUUUUCCCUCACUUAUGACCGAACAACCAAAGUCAACUCAUCGACACUGGAGCAACCUGUACCAUGAAUUAGGAAACGCCAUUGAACGUUUGGAAGAAGAAAAUCUUCAACUAAAAACAGAACUUACGUAUGAGAAAAGCAUGCGUCUUCAAUUAGAACAAGAGCUUGCCAAUGAACGUUCUUUGAAAAAGACACUUCCAUCAACCAAUUCUCCUCGAAAGUCAAAGGCUCAGUUCGUUCCUUCGAUGCCUUCUCUACCGAAUUCCCAAGCUUCUACCACGGAAGAAGAAGAUGAAAUUCCCGGGAGCGAGACUGCUGAGGAAGAUUUCAAAGAUCAUGAAAUACCGAAGCAGGAACCCAUGUCUCCCAAACUUCCCUUUCAAACUGAUGCACAGCCUGAGAUUUCUAAAAAUGAAUCCUUUCCAAUCUUCAAGGAUGAACCAAACGAGGAUGCCAUGUUAUCCAGUGAAAACUCUUAUCAAAGCUCUCCCGGUGAAGCCCGUUUGCAGGCUCGUGCUCCCGAGGACAUGGCUAUGUUGCGUGAAACCCAACCGUUGGCUCCGGUGGACAUAAAUAGUCUUCCAAGAUAUUCGGUUCCCAAACGACCUGAAUUUGGAAGCAAAAAAGAUACUAUUAACCAGGAGGAAUUUGACGACGUGGUUCGUGGUAAGAAACGAAAGUUAUUGCCAGCAUUUGAUUGUCCUGAUUGCCAAAAAUUUUACAAGCUACAUGGUCCUAUUAAGGAUACUGGCAUUGCUCUAGCGUGGAACGACGAGAAUCGAAAACCAAAUAGCUUGCCUCAUUCUUGUCCCCAUAAUACACUUGUACAAAAGGUUGGCCGUCAUCGACGUGUCGUGCCUCCAAAAAAAAUUCCUGAUGGGUUUUGGGAAAGUGACUUUAUUGAUUAAUACUUGAGAUUUGAUAUGAAGGAUCUUUUGACUUUAUUUGUUUUCUUACCUUUCGAAUUACAAAUGCCUAAUGUUUAGGAACAAUGCUACCAUGUUGCCGCUAAUUAUAAUAAAGGGGUGCAUAAGCAACAGUUCGUUUCCAGAAUAAAUAGUUUUAAAAUUGAUGAGAUUGACGAUGAUGUUAUAUAUUUAAACAAACUUUUGAGCUUGCUACUCGCUUCUUCAAAGAAUAAUAGAUCUGAAACGCUC